CCCUCCGGUCUCCACAUUUUCCCUCGCAGCCCUCCACUUGCCUGGAUCAAUGGAUAGUACAGCUCCAACUCCCAGCUCACACACCGCUGGCGGACACCCCAGUAACAAGUGAGCGCGCUCCACCCCGCAGCCCUCCCGCCCGCCUCCCCGCCGUCGGUCCCCUCGCUCUGGCAGGAAACACGAACAGCAGCUCCAGCUCCCGUGCCGCUUCAUCUCCUGAACUUUCCGCAGCUGAGGACAAGGGACCGACCUCAACCUUUUUCCUGCCUAGCGCAGCCACGGGAUUGCUUUCCACAUCCUCUUGGGCCCUCUUGGAUAUUGUUUAUUGAUGACUCGCAAGCCCGGCGGAGAGAUGCCUUCCCUCCUUUUGCUCCCUCCGCUUCCUUGAGUUAGUUUUCCUGGGUUUUACCGGGGCUCUGGAUCUCUUGGACUGAAAGGAACUUUUUACUAUCUCGUUUUUUUUUUUCUUCUUGCUGAUUCUGUCAGUGGACAAGGAAAACAGGCAUCGGAGGCAGAAGAGGCGCAGGGGAGGAGGAGAAAGAGGUGGAGGACGAGGAGGAGGAGGAGGAGGAGGAAGAAGAAGCCCAGGGGCUCAGCGUGUGUGUAUGUGCAUGUGUGCAGGCGUGUGUGAGUGCAUGUGUGUGAGUGCCGCUGCUGCCCAGGACCCCCAGCCCCGAAGGUGUUGGCUGAAAUAUGGAGAAUAGUCUUGGAUGUGUUUGGGUACCCAAGCUGGCUUUUGUACUCCUCGGAGCUACCCUGCUCAGCGCACAUCUUCAAGUGUCGGGUUUCCAGAUUAAGGCAUUCACAGCAUUGCACUUCCUGUCCGAGCCGUCCGAUGCCGUCACCAUGCGGGGAGGGAACGUCCUGCUGAACUGCUCUGCGGAGUCUGACCGCGGGGCCCCAGUCAUCAAGUGGAAGAAAGAUGGAAUCCACCUAUCCUUGGCCAUGGAUGAAAGGAAGCAACAGCUCCCGAACGGAUCUUUGUUGAUCGAAAACGUUCUUCACUCCAGACACCACAAGCCAGAUGAGGGACUUUACCAAUGUGAGGCCUCGCUGGGAGAAUCUGGUUCCAUUAUCAGUCGAACAGCAAAAGUUUCAGUAGCAGGACCGCUGCGGUUCCUUUCCCAGACAGAAUCUGUCACAGCCUUUAUGGGAGACACAGUCUUACUCAAGUGUGAAGUCAUUGGAGAACCUAUGCCAACAAUACACUGGCAGAAAAACCAACAAGACUUGAUGCCAGGUCCAGGUGACUCCCGAGUGGUGGUCCUGCCCUCCGGAGCCUUGCAGAUCAGCAGACUUCAACCUGGCGACAUCGGAAUCUACCGGUGCUUAGCCCGGAACCCAGCCAGCACAAGAGCAGGAAAUGAAGCAGAAGUCAGAAUUUUAUCAGAUCCAGGACUGCAUAGGCAGCUGUAUUUUCUGCAAAGACCAUCCAAUGUUGUGGCGAUCGAAGGAAAAGAUGCUGUAUUGGAGUGUUGUGUUUCUGGCUAUCCUCCUCCAUAUUUUACCUGGAUUCGUGGGGAGGAGGUCAUCCAACUCAGGUCCAAAAAGUAUUCUUUACUGGGUGGAAGCAACUUGCUUAUCUCCAAUGUGACAGAUGAUGACAGCGGAACUUACACUUGUGUUGUCACAUAUAAAAAUGAGAAUAUCAGUGCCUCCGCAGAGCUUACAGUGUUGGUUCCACCCUGGUUUUUAAAUCACCCUUCCAACCUCUAUGCCUAUGAAAGCAUGGAUAUUGAGUUUGAAUGUGCAGUCUCUGGGAAGCCUGUGCCCACUGUGAAUUGGAUGAAGAAUGGAGAUGUGGUCAUUCCUAGUGAUUAUUUUCAGAUAGUGGGAGGAAGCAACUUACGAAUCCUCGGUGUGGUGAAGUCUGAUGAAGGCUUUUAUCAGUGUGUGGCUGAAAAUGAGGCUGGAAAUGCCCAGAGCAGUGCACAGCUCAUUGUUCCUAAGCCUGCUUUCCCCAGCUCCAGUAUUCUCCCAUCUCCACCCAGAGAUGUGGUCCCUGUCUUGGUUUCCAGUCGGUUCGUUCGUCUCAGCUGGCGCCCACCUGCAGAAGCAAAAGGGAACAUUCAAACCUUCACCGUCUUCUUCUCCAGAGAAGGUGACAACAGGGAACGAGCAUUGAAUACAACCCAGCCUGGGUCCCUUCAGCUAACUGUGGGAAACCUGAAGCCAGAAGCCAUGUAUACCUUCCGGGUCGUGGCGUACAAUGAGUGGGGUCCAGGGGAGAGUUCUCAACCCAUCAAAGUGGCCACUCAGCCUGAAUUGCAAGUUCCGGGGCCAGUUGAAAACCUGCAGGCCGUAUCUGUCUCACCUACCUCAAUUCUUCUGACCUGGGAAGCCCCUGCCUAUGCAAAUGGCCCAGUUCAAGGGUACAGAUUGUUUUGUACUGAGGUGUCCACUGGAAAGGAACAGAAUAUAGAGGUUGAUGGACUGUCUUAUAAACUGGAAGGCCUGAAAAAAUUCACGGAAUACAGUCUCCGAUUUCUAGCUUAUAAUCGCUAUGGGCCAGGAGUAUCUACUGAUGAUAUAACAGUGGUUACACUUUCUGAUGUGCCAAGUGCCCCACCUCAGAACGUGUCCCUGGAAGUUGUUAAUUCAAGGAGUAUCAAAGUAAGCUGGUUGCCUCCUCCAUCAGGAACACAAAAUGGAUUUAUUACUGGUUAUAAAAUUCGACACAGAAAGACAACUCGAAGGGGUGAGAUGGAAACCCUGGAACCAAACAACCUUUGGUACCUCUUCACAGGUCUGGAGAAAGGAAGUCAGUACAGUUUUCAAGUGUCAGCCAUGACGGUCAAUGGCACUGGACCACCUUCCAACUGGUACACAGCAGAAACACCAGAGAAUGAUCUAGAUGAGUCUCAAGUUCCUGACCAGCCAAGCUCUCUUCAUGUAAGGCCCCAGACUAACUGCAUCAUCAUGAGUUGGACCCCUCCCCUGAAUCCAAACAUUGUGGUGAGAGGUUAUAUUAUUGGUUAUGGAGUUGGAAGCCCUUAUGCUGAGACAGUGCGCGUGGAUAGCAAGCAGCGAUAUUACUCCAUUGAGCGAUUAGAGUCAAGUUCCCAUUAUGUAAUCUCCCUAAAAGCUUUUAACAACGCUGGAGAAGGAGUCCCUCUUUACGAGAGCGCCACUACCAGAUCCAUCACAGAUCCCACUGACCCAGUUGAUUAUUAUCCUUUGCUUGAUGAUUUCCCCACCUCGGUCCCAGAUGUCUCCACCCCCAUGCUCCCACCAGUAGGUGUACAAGCUGUGGCUCUUACCCAUGAUGCUGUGAGAGUCAGCUGGGCAGACAACUCUGUCCCUAAGAACCAAAAAACAUCUGAAGUGCGACUGUAUACUGUCCGAUGGAGGACCAGCUUUUCUGCAAAUGCAAAAUACAAGUCAGAAGACACAACAUCUUUGAGUUACACAGCCACAGGCCUCAAGCCCAACACAAUGUAUGAGUUCUCAGUCAUGGUUACCAAGAACCGAAGGUCAAGUACUUGGAGCAUGACAGCACAUGCCACCACCUAUGAGGCAGCCCCGACCUCUGCUCCCAAGGAUCUGACAGUCAUUUCUCGAGAAGGGAAGCCGCGAGCUGUCAUUGUGAGCUGGCAGCCUCCCUUGGAAGCCAAUGGGAAGAUCACUGCUUAUAUCUUGUUUUAUACCUUGGAUAAGAAUAUACCAAUAGAUGACUGGAUUAUGGAAACCAUCAGUGGGGAUCGACUUACUCAUCAGAUUAUGGAUCUCAACCUUGACACUAUGUAUUAUUUUCGAAUUCAAGCACGAAAUUCCAAAGGCGUGGGUCCACUCUCUGAUCCCAUUCUCUUCAGGACUCUGAAAGUGGAACAUCCUGACAAAAUGGCUAAUGACCAAGGUCGUCACGGGGAUGGAGGUUAUUGGCCUGUUGAUACUAAUUUAAUUGACCGGAGCACUCUCAAUGAGCCACCCAUUGGCCAGAUGCACCCCCCACAUGGUGUCACUCCUCAGAAGAACAGCAACCUGCUUGUGAUCAUCGUGGUCACCAUUGGCAUCAUCACAGUGCUGGUGGUGGCAGCAGUGGCCGUGAUUUGCACCCGGCGCUCUUCAGCCCAGCAGAGAAAGAAACGGGCCACCCACAGUGUUGGCAAGAGGAAGGGGAGCCAGAAGGACCUCCGGCCCCCUGACCUUUGGAUUCAUCAUGAAGAAAUGGAGAUGAAAAAUAUCGAGAAGCCAUCCGGCCCUGACCCUGCAGGAAGGGAUUCCCCUAUCCAGAGUUGCCAAGACCUCACACCAGCGAGCCACAGCCAAUCAGAAACCCAGCUGGGAAGCAAAAGUACCUCCCAUUCAGGACAAGAUACAGAAGAAGCAGGAAGCUCCAUGUCCACUCUGGAGCGGUCACUGGCUGCACGACGAGCCACCCGGGCCAAGCUUAUGAUCCCAAUGGAUGCCCAGUCCAACAACCCUGCUGUGGUGAGUGCCAUUCCUGUUCCGACCCUGGAAAGUGCCCAGUACCCAGGAAUCCUUCCAUCUCCCACAUGUGGCUACCCCCACCCGCAGUUCACCCUUCGGCCAGUGCCAUUCCCGACACUGUCAGUGGACCGAAGUUUCGGAGCAGCAAAAACGGUGAGUGAAGGACCAACCACCCAACAGCCAUCUAUAUUGCCCGCAACUCAGCCUGAGCACCCCAGCAAUGAGGAGGCACCAAGCAGAACCAUCCCCACAGCCUGUGUCAGACCAACCCAUCCACUUCGAAGCUUUGCUAACCCUUUGCUACCUCCACCAAUGAGUGCAAUAGAACCGAAAGUCCCUUACACACCGCUUUUGUCUCAGCCAGGGCCUACUCUUCCCAAGACUCACGUUAAAACAGCCUCUCUUGGCUUAGCUGGAAAGGCAAGGUCUCCUUUGCUUCCUGUCUCUGUACCAACAGCCCCUGAAGUAUCUGAGGAAAGCCACAAACCAACAGAGGAUCCAGCCAAUGUCUAUGAACAGGAUGAUCUGAGUGAACAAAUGGCAAGUUUGGAAGGGCUAAUGAAGCAACUCAAUGCCAUAACAGGCUCAGCCUUUUAACAUAAUGCUGAAUGGAUGAGGUGAAUUUUCCAGGAACUUUGCAGCAUACCCGUUUUCCAUAAACAGCACGCCUGUGCCCAAGAACUCUAACCACUGUACAGGUCAACAUUGGGAUCACUCAGUUACAGAAGAUCCUGAAGCAGCUACAAAAAGAAUAAGCAUCCCUUCUUUCACAGGCAUCAGGAAAUCUACAGUGAUGAUUAUAGGGUCCCUAAACAAGAGUAAAGAUACAUCUUCACUGCAAUGUCAAAGCAGAAGCUGCUAGAAUAGUCCUGGGUCUUUGCCACUGCAGUGACCACAAUCUCAUAACAAUUGCUUACGUUUUCCUCCAUCAAGACUUGUCGUUUUCUUCAUGUGUAGAUCUAGUCUAACAAAAAUGCAAGUGCAUUAUUUAAGCCUGUACCAUGCCAUGGCAAAUCAGAGCAAGCUCACUAAUUUGUUUCCAACUUUAAACAGCACCCAUGGGAAUUUUUCUCUCUCUAUAGCACCAAAGGAUUGGAUGUUUUCUUGAUAGCACAAAAAAAAAAAAAGUAAAUCAGUAAACAAAAGACAGACAGCAACUGCUUAGGUUAUGUAUCUCAGUCAUUUAUCUUGCACAAGUGGUGGACAUUAGCGAGUGGGCUGUAAAAUUCACCAAUUUUAGCAAGUAUUUGUAAAUCCACUCUUGGUUAACAUUUAUGUCUGGAGAGUAGGAUCUUAAAACUGCAGGUGACGGCACUUGGCCAGGGGCAGUCCAUGCAGUCCAUUUCUGAAAGAUGACACAAUAUGCAAUCUUCCCAGACAAUUCUAUGCUUAUGCUUGCGAUAGGAUACUUUUCAGUUAGGGUGGCUCUCGUGCCAUACCACACUGUGAUGAUAUUUCAAAGCUUCACCAAGGCCAUCUCCGUCAGGAGUCUGGCAGGAGAGUUCCCUUCCACCCCGUUCCUUCCUGAGGUAUCGCAUGGACUCCUCACCAACCUCCCUGGAACUCUCUGUGGAAAUGGCAGGCUCCCUAGGAACGGCAGGCCCCAGGGAAGAGACAGAAAAUAGAAGGUAGCUUCAAACAGCACCUUCUCUUGAGUGCGGUCACUUCCACCACUAACAGGGUCCUCGCUGCCUUAGAGUGGGGCAGCAUUGCUAAGUUGCAAUUAUCAGGCCCACUGCCAAAGGAAUCUUCCAUACCAUGCCUGUCCAGAGACAGCAGGGAGGAAAAGGGGAAGGUGCCACUUGACACUUUUGAUGCCUCAUAAAUCCAGUGGAUGCUUUUCAAAGCCGCAUCUUCAUUGUGAGCUAGAAUUUUAAACUUCUAUUGCCAUGUUUAUCUACAGCUUGGAACUAGGUGAAGUUAAGACCAUUUUUGUGUGCACCCUUUUAGUUUCUGAAUUUUCUGCUGCAUUUGGAGUUAAUCCCUGUUUAUGCAGCUGAACCUCCAAAAGGGAGCUAGUUUGCAUAUUUAUCAGUUAGGCGACUUGAAAACCCAAUAAGGGAGUUUCAGCUGAAUUAUUCCUUUCAGCUCUGCCUUUGAUUUCAAGCUUGAGUAGGUCAUAAUUUUAAAAGAGCAUGGAAGGGAUAGGAUCUUUACAACCUAAUAGCUCCUUUUAUUAGGUGGGUAAUUAUAUACGAAUCCCUGAAUGAAAUAUUUUGAGCAAAAUGGCACUGUAACAGAAGUAAUAAUUCAGAUUAUUUUUUUACAGUUUUAUGUCGGGAAGGAAAUCUGAUGUCAAAGAGAGGGCUUGUUCAAUGGUUCAUUAGAAAAGUCCGGUCCAUUUGCGAAAUAGUUCCUUCAAUAAGAGUGCUUCAACAAUUCACUGAUUUUCUUGAAGUCCUUCUGUAAAACUCUGUGACAUUAUUCUACGGGGCAGAUUACUUUUGCCCAACAUCUGGGUGCUUAGGUAAAUAACCCUCCACUGAUCUGGAACAAGGCAUUUCUUAACAUGAAAAUUAAUUUUGCAUAAAUAAUCCCUAACUUCAGGAAAGUUUAUUAGGUUAGCCUUACCGUCUGGAAGUCAUAGAAUGGUCUCCCUUUGCUGAUGGUCAUAAACAAGGAACAUUCUUGAAGGCAUUUAACAUGCAAAGCAGUACAUCCUGAAAUCUCAGAUUAUCAUCUCCCAAAUCACAGAUUUCAAAGUCAGUCAUCAAUCUAUAGAGUAUAUUCCACAAGUCAAAAAAAAAAACUUUAUCUUUUUACAAAAUGAUAGAGACUUCAAAGUCAGUGACUUUAGGAAAGAAUUUUUUUAAACAAUAUUGAAAAUAUGCGUUAUCCAGCCAUUUUUAAAAUGUGAAAUAUCUCACUGCUGCAUGAUCUUGAAACUUGCUUCCUUAAACAAAUCAAUGGUUUAUUAUAAUAACUGGCAGUGCUAAUAAAUUUUAGCCCCAUGCUAAGUUCCAUAUAGAGCAGAAUCCAUUUACAUUCUCUCAAAUUUAAAUUUCGCCCUGUGAUUUACCCCAGGGUUUUAGUAUGCAUGGCCUUUACCACAACUUCUAUACAACUUUGCUCCCCAGCCAUUCAAAUGGUUCACAUGUGUAAAACUGCCUCUGUUUCUAGGUAAUUUUUAAAUUUUAAUUUCCAAGUCUCCUGAUCUCUUGACAAAAAUAAGCCUGUGAAUACUGCAAGAUAGCCUCUAUUUUGUUCCAACCGUGAGCCUAGUUCAUUACAUACAGGGCUCUUUAAGCUCAUAAAUCUCUCUGGAUCCCAUAGGGUGAUGCUGACAGCCAACCAGAAGCUUGGCCACCAGGACUAAUUUCUCUCUGAAAAGGAAGAAAAUAAAAUUUGGCAGGGCAUGCUCAGGACUCCCUUGCAUCAUGGUGAACUGUCAAACAGGAGUGUCUCUUGAAAAAAGUUUGGUAUUUUUCUCUGGUAUUUCAUCCUGAAAAGACAGCUAUUGUUUUCCUCUAGGAAAGUUUGCAUUUGUUAAACUCACAAAAGUAUAGCUAUUUCCAAGGUGAAUAAAGCAUAUUUGGAUGAUAGUCUAGCCAAAACUUAAAUAUUUCUGAACAGUUCACUUUCAACAAAAAACUAAUCAUUCCUACCUCUUUAUGUAAAAGAGUUAUACAUUUCUAGACUAUUUAAAGGACAGAAUCUUACAAUUCAGUAUUAUAAAAUGCACUAUUGAACAAUGCAGAAAAAAACAAGUCAAGGAAUAUAAAUGGUGAGUCUAUUAAGACUACCUGUCAGAGUUAGACAUAACAUUAUUCUUGCAAAAAAUUGUUCAUUUAUUUAAAAUGAAAUGUAUGUAAAGUCUUCUGCCUUGGUAAAAACUAAAAAAAAGUAGUGUUGUCCAAUAACAGUUCCUCAUUCUAAACAAUAUAUAAAGAUCAGAAAGUUUGACACUGAUUGGCACUCCCUAUGAAGAAUCUCUGCCUUGGUAAAAACUAAAAAAAAAAAAGUAGUGUUGUCCAACAACAGUGCCUCAUUCUAAACAAUAUAUAAAGAUCAGAAAGUUUGACACUGAUUGGCAUUCCCUAUGAAGAAUCUCUAAGUACAUAUGAAAGUCAUCAGAUUCUGCUUAAGAAUACUUAUCCAUUCUUGAUACAUGGGUAUGCUGAUUUUGUUUAAAUACAGUGGGCAAAUGACUGUAACAAACUAUAAUUCCAACAAAAAAGUCAACAUUAAAGACUUUACCAUUUUAGAUAAAAGUAUACACUAGCAUCAUACUUCUUAUGGCUUUAUAAUAACUGUUUCUACUCCACAAGAGAAAGAAAAACAAAAUUUUCCUAGCUUUAGGUAAGGUUAAAGGGCGAAAAAAACAAAAAGUCAUCUAAACUUCAAAAUAUAUGUGGAGAAUGUUGUUCUCUCUCCUACAAUGAGUUUAUUUCAUGCAACUGGAGACCAGUCUGAAGACCAGAGGUUAAUACCCUAGCCUGCUCAAAAGUAUAGACACAAGACAGAGCCUCCAACUUUAUGGAGCUGCAGAUGUUGUUCUAAUAUUCAAAUUACAAUUUCCCUCUUUUAUAAAAUCCACUUUCAGAGCAUCAUCUUACCCAUAAUUUGUAUUUCUCCAGUAACUUUGCGAGAUCACUUUAAUAUUUUACAGAAAAAUUUCACUUGAUUCCAACGUUUAAAAUUACAUUAGAUACUUUGGAGAAUCAUAGAGAGAUGUUUUAUAUGAGAUUUGAGGCCAUUAAAAUAAAAACAUGCAGUUCCAUGCCUCAAAUAUACCUUGCUAUCCAAUACCUGCUUCCAAAAGUACUGACUCUAAAAAGAAAUGCCUGACUCUUUCUGGGUGAGUGAGAAUUUAUAGAAGAAAAUGUCAUGUCCAUAGCAGCAAAUGAAUCUUAUUCUUGGCUUCCUGUUGCCACUAUUGGAUAAUGUUCACUCUAUAUGGACUUCUACUUGCACUCUGAAGGAUUUCUUCUCCUGCUCUCAGUUGGAGAAGUGCCUUUGUACAUUGUCAUCCUCUGAUAUUUUGUUGGUUGGAGAGCAACAGCAAAAGUCUGCAAGAUAUCAUGAUCACAGAAGCAUGGACCAAGGGAUCUUACUGUAUGCUGAAAGUGUAUUUUCAGAUGCAAGAAAGGAAUGUUGGAGAGGAGGAGAAAUGCUGUUUUUUAUUAUUGUAGGGUAAACCUGACAAUUCUGAACUUUGUGAGUUGUCAGCUUGU